CGCCGCCAUUUUGAGGGGGACGGCCGGCGGAGGGAGGAGCUUUUCCAGCUCAGCCGUCGGACGGGCUCUGCUUCGGACUCCCUUUCUGUCUCCUAUACCCACACGCUGUCUCUCUCGGCUAACUCGUCAUGAAUAUCUUUCGGCUGGCCGGCGAUUUCUCGCAUUUAAUGGCAAUCAUCAUCCUGCUGCUGAAGAUAUGGAAGACUCGGUCGUGCGCUGGUAUCUCCGGGAAGAGUCAGGUUCUGUUUGCAUUGGUCUUUCUCACUCGAUACCUGGAUUUGUUCACUAUUUUCAUUUCUCUGUACAACAGUUCCAUGAAGGUUAUCUACAUUUCUUGCUCAGUUGCCACGGUGUACUUGAUCUAUUUCAAGUUUAAGGCCACCUAUGAUGGAAACCACGAUACGUUCCGUGCUGAAUUUCUGGUUGUUCCUGUGGGCGGAUUGUCGUUCCUUGUCAAUCAUGACUUCUCUCCGAUGGAGAUCCUGUGGACAUUCUCUAUUUACCUGGAGUCAGUUGCAAUUCUCCCCCAGCUCUUCAUGAUCAGCAAGACAGGUGAAGCAGAGACCAUCACGACUCAUUAUCUCUUCUUUCUCGGCUUGUAUCGUGCCCUGUACCUUAUCAACUGGAUCUGGCGUUUUUACUUUGAGGGUUUCUUUGACCUCAUUGCUAUUGUUGCUGGCUUGGUUCAGACUAUUCUCUACUGCGACUUCUUCUAUUUGUACGUCACAAAAGUUCUCAAAGGAAAGAAGCUGAGUUUACCAGCUUAAGUGCCAAAGAUCAUCUACGUUUCUGUCGUUGGUUGCAUCCAGGCAGAGGAAGCAGAAAACUUACCAAGAACGUAAGAUGCCUGAGACAGAGAGCAAGGGGACACACUUAAGAAUUGCAUUUAAAUGUCAACAGCUGUUCUGUAGUCUGAUGGACCACAAACAUCAGUUUUCUGUUUUACGCAUCUUGCCUUUUUUAUUACAGUGUAAAAAUAUAUUUUCUACAAAAGGAAUAUAUACUGAAAGGAUGAAUUACUUGCAGUGGUUUAAAAUAAAAUUUACGAGCAUAAAUUGGAAAUACUGAACGUGUUUCCCUUUUAGCUGUUUACAAGGAUAAAGUGCAAAUUGUUUAAAUAAAAUUUGAAAAUGACCAGUUCAAUUGUUUAAACAUAGCAUCUGAUGUGCAAAACUGGUAUGUGAUUUUUCAACCACUUGCUGUAUUUAUUUGAAUUUGCCAAAUUGUUUUGAAGAAUUCAUUCUUUCCACAGCCCCCCAUAAACACUAGAAUUUCUUGAGGCUAAUAUAAUUAAAUAUGCCUUGUUGUCUGGCUGACAAGGUUUCCUUUAUUCAAUCAGUGGUUAAGCCACCUUCAGAUGGAAUGCAUGUAUUCUGUCCUUUGGCAUAUGUUCUUGUGAACAUAGAACAUGGAGAAUAAAGAUUACAGAAACCUUACUAGAUGUGCAUAUUACUGACUGAAGAGUGAUUUGGACCUUUUAACAUUAGAUAUUCAAGGGACCAUGAGACUGAGUUUAAUCUUUGGGAUUUUGUUGAACAAAUCACUUUUAGAAUUGUUGGUCUUCGCUACCACUCUUUUGAAAACAUUGGGAGGUUUAUCUUGGUUUUUUUUUACACACUAAGCUGUUGCAUGAUAUCUUGUGAUACUGCCCCAAAUAAACAUUUUAUGGAAAAUGCU